AUCGGGCGAGGACUGCAAGCCGAGUGGUGACAAUGUUUCUGGGCUUUUUGGUGGAUUUUUUUAACUGUCGACGCUUCGGUGUCGAUUGUAUGAUGGAGUUUCCAUCCACUCCCUCAAUUGAAGAAGCGCCGACCAACACUGUAAAGGUCCAACUUCCGUCACCGCUGCCCGUGACUUUUGAAAUUAUCCGGAGUCCCUGGGCUCUCGAGCAAGAGUGCAAUGAUGGCCUCGAUGGUUUCGAUGAUCCCCGACUCCCGGAGCUUAUCAUAUGAUUCAAACCAAAGCCCGCCGCUCGUUUCCAUUCCGCUUCAUUUGGUUUAAUUAAAACUCUUUUUGCCAUAAUCCAAUUAAGUCCAAAGGCAAAAACCAAAUGACAACAAAUGGCAUAAUGGCCAGACAACAAAAACGCCGGCAAAAAAUAGAAUAACUCAACAAAACUCAAACAAAGCACAGCUGAGAAAAAUAAACUGAACAAAACAUGCCAUGCAAUAAAAUUCAAUUCCAACAAAUUUUUAAUUAACUUUUUGCAAUCAAAACCAGAACCAAAUGAGGAGACAACAAACAUAUGAGUGCAUUCAAUAAAAACGGACGUAAUAACAAA